AUGUCGAUAAAGCCCAUAGAUUUCGCUGCUCUCCUUGCGGAGGCCCGAGCGGCUCGCAAGAAGCAGCAGCAGCUGCAAAAAGAGCAGCAGCAGCAGCAGCAGCUGCUGCUGCAGCAGAACCAAGAGCAGCAGCAGCAGCAACAGCGCCUCGCUGACGAGACUAUCCAAUCAGUCCCAAACAGCUGCGGCAGCAACAGCAGCAGCAGCAGCAACAACAACAACAACAACGCCAGCAGUAGCAGCAGCAGUAGCAGCAGCAGCAGCGACAGCAACAGCAGCAGCAACAGCAACAGCAGCAGCAACGGCACGGAGGGCUCUCUGCCCCGUUUAAAAUGGUCUAUCUGCAGCACAGCCUUCGUUUUCAAUUUGCUGCAGACGCAGAAGCCGCUGCAGCAGCAGCAGCUGCUGCAGCUGCUGCAGCAGCAGCACCCGUCCCCACAGCCGCAGCAGCAGCAGCAGCUGCUGCUGCUGCUGGAUCUCCGCAGUGCGGAUGCCUUUGACAAGUGCCACAUAGCUCAAGCAACGCAUGCAGAGCAGCUGCUGCAGAGAAUCCUGCCUCCCCCACAGCAGCAGCAGCAGCAGCAGCAGCAGCAGCAGCAGCAGCAGCAGCAGCGACUGCGCAUUGUUGCAUACGCCGAGGAUGAGGAGACAACGCGCUGCAUCCUAGCAGAGAUGGAGGGCCCUCCAGGCAGCAGCAGCAGCCGCAGCAGCAGCAGCAGCAGCAGCCGCAGCAGCAGCGUGCAGCGGCUGCUGCAGCUGCUGCAGCAGCUGCAGCAGCAGCUGCUGCUGGAGCUGCGCUGCAUAGCGGGGGGCCUCGUUUGCUUCUGUGAAGACUACGGCUUUCUUUGUCUCAGUGCAGCAGAAGAAGCAGCAGCAGCACUGCGGCUGCAUGCAGCAGCAGCAGCAGCACUCAUGAGCUACCCCCAGGAGGUGCUGCGGGGGCAGCGGGAAGCAGCAGCAGCAGCAGCAGCAGCAGCAGCAGCAGCAGCAGCAGCAGCAACUGUGCCGUUCGCAGGCUUGUUUGUGGGCAAGCCGCUGCAUGCACUCAGCAGCAACGUGCGCCGCCGGCUGCAGAUAAAGCACCUUAUAGAUUUAUCUGCUGCUGGCCUCAGCAGCAGCAGCAGCAGCAGCAGCAGCAGCAGUGGCAGCAGCAGCAGCAGCGUCAAGCACUGUAGUUGUUGCUGCAGCUGCUGCUGCGGCUGCGCCGCCAGGGCCACCGUUGAGUCGCCAUCUGCGUGGCGGCCAGCAGCAGCAGCUGCUGCUGCUGCUGCUGCGUCUCCUGCUGCUGCUGCUGCUCUGCUGCACUACACCGUAGAUGUGCCUCAAGUGGUGCAGCAGAUACGGCAGCGGCUGGGCUCCACAGGCUGCAGCUGCAGCAGCAGCAGCAGCAGCAGCGGCAGCAGCAGCAGCAGCAGCGGCAGCAGCAGCAGCAGCUCAGGGUCCGUGUUGGUGGUUGCAGACGAUGAUGCAUGCAGCCGCAGCGCAGCAACCCUGGUUCUUGCUGCCGCAAUCAGCAGCAGCAGCAGCAGCAGCAGCAGCAGCAGCAGCAAGGACCCGAUGGCAGCUCUUGCCCAAGUGCUUGGGAGAUGGAAAGAUGCGCUGCUGCUGCCGCAGCACAUGCAGCAGCUGCGGCGCUGCAGCAGCAGAGCGGCUGCUGCUUACAGCAACAGUAACAGCAGCAGCAGCAGCAGCAGCAAAGAGGAAGAAGAAGAAGCAGAUGAGUUGCUGCUGCAGCAAGCUGCUGCUGAGACUCUCACUAUGUACACGGCGCCGCAGACUCCCCGGUUCUCUGGAACUGCAGCAGCAGCAGCAGCAGCAAGCGCUGCUGCUGCUGCUGCUGCUGCUGCUGCUGCAUUUCGAGCAGCCUUAGUAACCCUGCAGCAGCAAAAAGAUGUGAAGGCCGAGGACGCGUCUCAGCAGCAGCAGCAGCAGGUACAGCAGCAGCAGCAGCAGGAACAGCAGCAGCAGCAGCAGGAACAGCAGCAGCAGCAGUGCUUUCGACACGCAGCAGACUUGCUAGUGCAGGCUUUGUGGACGGGAAGCACCCAAGCAGCAGCAGCAGCAGCAGCAACAGCAGCAAGCAGCUUUGCUGCUGCGGGGCUCAAGCCAGCAGCAGCAGCAGCAGCAGCAGAUGACGAUGGCUGCUGCUGCUGCUGGUGGCUUGUGGCAGAUCUCAUUGGGCUGCUGUGCCUGCAGCAGCAACAACAGGAGCAGCAGCAGCAAGAGCAGCAGAAGACACUGCAGCAGCAGCAGCAGCAGCAAAAGCAGGACAUACAGAUGCUUGAAGGACUGCUUUUGCUGCUGCGUCGUGGUUUGCUGCUGCUCAGGGAAGAGCAGGCAGCAGCAGCAGCAGCAGCAGCAACUGCAGCAGCAGCAGACCGCUACAGCCCUGCGGGUGUCGCACUUUUAAAUACUGCUGUUCUUUGGCAGCAGCUGCAGCAGCAGCAACCCGAGCAGCAAGUGCUGCUGCAGCAGCAGGGCAAGCAGCUGCGGAAGCUGCUGCUGCAGUUCUUAGGAAAGGCAGGCAGCACCUUGCUUGAAGCAGCUGAAGCAGCAGCCCUCAGCAGCAGCAGCAGCAGCAGCAGCAGCAGCAACAGCAGCAGGAGGGGAGAGACACUCUAUGGCGUCCCCACUGAGGGGGUCCGCUGCGCUGCUGCUGCAUUUUAUUGCUUCUUCUUGCAACCCCUGGUGCUUGCUGAGCAGCAGCAGCAGCAGCAGCAGCAGCAGCAGCAGCAGCAGCAGCAGCAGAGAAGGCUGCAGCGCGGAGUUGAGAAGCUACGAAACUCACAGUGGGGCGAGACUGUGUCUGCUCUUGCUGCAGCUGCUGCAGCAGCUGCAGCAGCAAAGGGAACUGCAGCAGCGGUGUCACUGCUUCCCAGCAGCAGCAGCAGCAGCAGCAGCAGCAGAGCUGUGCCGGAGACGCUGCAUGCAGUGCUACGGCCGUUCGUGCUGCUGCUUGAUGAGAGUUAG